GAAAAAAACUGAUGAAUUAAAAGAAUUUUAUUAAACUAGUUUUUAACUUUUUAAUUUAUUUUAUCAAAAGAAAAAUGAAGCCAAUGAAAAAUCGUUCAUCUAGACAACAUUCUGCUGAAUGUAAUGAUGAAAACAUUUCAAAAAUACAAUCAUUUUAUCAAGCUGUUAAUUACGUUUUAUUACAACAAUUACAAGUAAAUUUAUUUCAAACGCAAAUCGAUCAGAUGAGAAAAAUAACGACAUUCAAAGAUAUUAAACUAUCACAAAAAUUGAGAAAAAAAGGAAACACAAUGUAUGAACUUAAAAAUAAUGGCUAUAUUAAUUCGACAAUUACUUGUUACACAUCAAGUAUAGCAUGUGCACCAGUUGGAUCCACUGAAUUGUCAUUGGCUUAUGCAAAUCGUUCAGCUGUAUUAUUCAAAGCUAGACUAUAUGAAGAUUGUCUUCUUGACAUUGAACGAGCAAUCAAAGCAGGCUACCCAGAUAAUUUAAAAGCAAAAUUAUUUCUACGACAAUCAUUUUGUUUUCGUGUUUUGAAGCAAAAUUCAACAAUUGAAUCAAGUAUAUCACUUGCAAAUGUAUUUCAAUGGCUUCCUAAUAUGAUUGAUCAAAAAGAAAAUUUAAUUAUUGCCAAAAAUAUGAUUAAUAAUUAUUCAAAAAUAACAAAAAAACUUGGUAAAUCACGUGUUAUAUUUGAUUGUGUUAAAUAUUUUCCAACUGUACUUAAUGAUAAUCCAAAAAUUCAUGGUGCAUCUGAUGCUGUUACAUUGAAAAUUACAAAUGAAAAUAAACAAUGUGUUAUUGCGACAAGAGACAUUGAUCCUGGUGAAUUUAUAUUUGCUGAACAAUCAUUUGCAAGAAUUAUUGAAGAAGACAAACGACAUAAAUUCUGUUGGCAUUGUUCAGCUGAAUGUUUUGCUGGUGUACCUUGUGAACGUUGUCAAAAUGUCAUAUUUUGUUCAUCAACUUGUCGUGAUGCAGCUGCAAAAGAAUAUCAUGAUAUUGAAUGUCCAGUUUUAAAUAUAUUAGUUGGAAUGAAAACAAGUAUUGUUUAUCAAUUUGCUGCUAAAAUAUUUAUCAAGAUGUUUAAACGUUUUAAGUGUUUGACUGAGUUUAAGGAUUAUGUCAAUAAUAUUGAAUUAUCUGCAUCAAAAGUGAAAAAACCUGAUGAUAAAUUUGAUGGAAGCCAGUAUGAGACGUUUCAUAAUCUCGAGUGUUCAUUGACAGAUACAAUUGAUUGUUCAGUGGCUCCAGCAAGAAUGUCGUUAGGAAUUGCUUUGAUAUUUGCUUUUUACACUGAUAUUUUUGGCAAAAAAUUAACUCUCAAAAGAUUUUUACAAAACAAAUGGGUUGUAUUUGUUGGAGGAUUGAUUCUCAAAUAUUCAUUUAUUUUGAGAUUUCAUAUGUUUCAUCAUAUACACUCAGUCUUUCCACUCAACAAAAUCAUCAAACACAGUUGUGAUUUUAACGUUGCUAUGAAUCAUUUCAACUCGACAGCUUCACUUUUUGCAAUCAAACCAAUAAAAAAAGGCCAACAAAUUUCUAUUGUCAAAGGGUUGUAUUACUUUUACAACACAAAAGCUGAAAGACAAGAUUCACUUUCCAACCUCAUGACCAAUUGUCAAUGUAUUGCAUGUAAAAAUAAUUGGCCAAUAAUAGAAGACAUGAAACUUUGUAGAGAAAUUAUUCCGGCUGAACAGUACAAUCGUCUCUUGUUUCGAAAUUAUUUAGUGGAUAAAGUUUUGAAAGAAGAAAAUAAACAAGAAGCAUUUAAAAUUAUCAAAGAGAUUACUGAAAUGAUAAAAAUUUUUCAUAAAAAAUUACCAGAAAAUAUUCCUUAUCGAGAAUUAGUUUCUCUUCAAAUAACACUCUUAAAUACUUUCGAAUUUCUUACCGAGCCAACAGUUUUAAAUGACUAGAAAUUUUAAUUUAUCAUUUGAUUUAAUUUUCAUUAUCGUAAAUUAAUAAUUGAGAUUUUUUUUAAACAAUAAAAUAAGCAUGUAUUUCAGUUGUUGAAAUAAAUUUUUUUUUUAUAUUGGCAA